AUGAGUAGCUUCGAGCUCCCCUCCGCCUCUCUAUCCCCUGCUUCGACCCCAGCAGCCGCUCCCUCACCAGAUCGAUACUCCUCCGACGAUGACGAUCUCGACACCCUCCCGUACCCUGGCGAGCUGCCUCGCAAUGACUUCCUAGCACCUGACUUCGACCCUCAGACGUAUCUCUCAACCCUCCGAAACCGUCAUCAGACUCUCGAAGACUUGCGUUCAGACCUCCGACAACGAAGUCAACUCCUCAACAAAGAGCUGCUAGAUCUCGUCAACGGCAACUAUGAAGAGUUUCUAAUUCUUGGUUCGGACUUGAAGGGCGGCGAGGAGAAAGUUGAGGGUGUGAGGGUGGGGUUGUUGGGGUUCAAGAGGGAAGUCGAGGGCAUUAGGGAGGGUGUCAGGGAGAGGGCCAUGGAGGUGAAGGGGUUGGUUGAUGAGAGGAAGGAGGUGAGGAGGGAUGUCGUAUUGGGUCGGAGCUUACUUGAGGUCGGGGAGAGGCUUGAGGGGUUGGAGCGGAGUUUGGGAAUCAGCGAGGGUGAAGAUGAGGAAGAUGUGGAAGAGUUUGAAGACGAGGAUGAGGAGGGCGGCGAAGACGUGGUGAGGCUGAACAUUCCAUUGAAGAAGUUGCAGAGGCAUGCGAUGGAGUAUGUACUGGUCACGAGGAUGAUGGACAGAAUCGGAGCGAGUCACCCCUUCCUUGUGGCGCAGGCGAGCAGAAUGGAAGAAAUCAGCAAGACGAUACUACUGGAUCUUGCUGCUGCUUUGCGGCAGGCAAAAGCUGCGAAGAGUUCUGAGGCGAUUCUGGCUAUCACGAAGAUCUACGGCGAUCUGGGUGCGGAAGACGAAGGCGUGAAGGCGUUGAAAGCAGGCUGA